AAUUCAAUCAAUUUGAUUUAAAAUCAAAUGAUUUUACUCAAUGGUGAUAUUUGUAGAUGAUUUGCUUGACCGAUCAAUUGAGAUUUCCAAUAUUGCCAAAUACUCUGGACCACCAUGUGAAUCACCUAAUCCUUGUUCAUCAUCUUCAUCUUCAUCAUCAUCAUCAAAUUCAAUUUGUGUCCCACAAUUUGAUGUUUUCUCUGUAAAUGUAAUCACUUUGGCGAUUACAAUGAUAAUACAUGUGAUUCUACUGAAAACAAAGAAAAAAUCUACCACGAAUAAAAUUCAAAUACUAAUAAACACUUACUUGUCCAACAAUUAAUUGAAUUUAUUAAUUUACUUCUCGAUUGAAACAAUUAAGAAAUCGUAAGUACAUCUUUUGGACGGUAAGGAAAAGUCAGAUUGACUGUGGACUAUUUUGAUCAGCGAUUGAUUAAUUACAACUUAUCACUUAAAGACAAUCAUUUGUAGUGAAUGCGGUUCAUUUUUUGUCACAUCUUUGACCUUCGAGCUUUUUUUGUAAAAAGCGGGUGAAUCGCUCGAGGCGAUGUUCUAGCUGAUGAAAGGUGAAAUGUCUCUCUGGUUACCAGUCCAGUCAAACUAGUCCGAUAAACAAACAUUUCCAUUCGCAACUUUAAAAGUUUUUUCCCAUCAUUUUAAGUUUUUUGUCAAUCAACAAUUUUAGUGCCUUUUAACCAUCAACAUGAAUGUUAAUGAUCUAUAUGAUAUUUGUUUGAUGACAAUAUUUGAUAAGUUUGAUGAGCUUGAAGAUCUUAUAAUUAUAUCUCAAGUUUGUUCAAAAUGGCGGAGAUUGGCGCAGAUUCGAUGCGAGAAAAUCACAGGCUUGACAUUUUCACCAAGAAAUAAGGUAUAUAUAUUACCUAAACCUCAGAAUAUCUACACGAAAAGUUAUAAAUUCAUGGAGAAUAUCAAUGUUGCCGAAGUAUUUCCGAACCUCAAGCUAUUGGAAACUCAUUCUUUUGGUCCAAUAUGUCUAUGUAGAGUUGUGGCAAAUGUAUUGUCCACUGGAAAUCCGCUGAGGGGAUUGUUUGUUGAAUUCGAGCGCGUAAGCACCUAUGAAAUAUAUAAGGGUAAAGCCCAACAUCAUGUUGACCUGGACCAGGAAAUAGUUAAACACUGUGGUAAUCUUACUCGACUUUUGGUGAACGAUCCUAAAUUUCUUGAUCUCUUUUUCAAUAAAUAUAAAUUCGGUGAAAAGUUGAAAAUGUUUGGUGGAUUUUGUGGAUCUAAAAUAGGUACUUUCAUCACUUAUGCUAAUCGAAUGCCGAAUCUUAAAAAACUUUAUUUACAAGAUAAGGAAGUUACAGAGAACUUCCAGUUUCCAAGCUUUGGUUACAAGUUUCCAGGAGUAGAAGAAUUAACUCUAGCCUCAGGUAGUAAUUAUCUCUUUUACUCUCGAUGGUCAUCGCGCUUUCCUGAUUUAAGAGAUUUACAUAUUGCUUACAUCGAUUAUGAUUCUGGAAAAUUUGGUAGUUUAGCAGAAUCAAUUCCUAAAAGUAAUUAUAAUGUUCGAAAAGUCUUUCUCAAUUUUACCGAUUAUACAAUCCUAGAGAGGAGUCAAGCACGUCAUGUAAUGAAAGAAAUUACAUUUCGAUAUCCUAAUUGUACCAGUCUGACGAUAUUUGCCUUCACCAAUUUUGUAACAAUAGAGGAUACAAUCGAAAUAAUCAAGGCGAUGCCAAAUUUAUCUUCUCUUUAUUUACCUCUGAUAACCACCAAUAAUCAAGAAAGCGACAUAAUCAAGAUAAUCGAUGAUUUUUGUCGAAAAGAGAAUCGAAACCUGGUAUUCAGAAUAGUCCACCAAGGUUCUGGUGGGUACAGGCCCGCAUGA